AUGACCUCCUUCCUCUUCAAGCUCCCCGCUGAGCUGCGCAACAUGAUCUGGAACUACGCACUCACGAGUGACACCGGAACCCUACAAUACAACCCAAGCACCAAGCGGUUCGACGUGUCCCAUAUCGGUGCCGGGCUGUUGACUACUUGUCGCUCGAUCUCCAUAGAGACGCUAUACACGCCAGUGCGUCUGAACACGUUGGUUUUCGAUACCGGGAUAGUAGGAGAUGUGGACUUGUGGGUGCUGCUGGCAAGGUUGGGGAGGUUGGAUCAGGCUACACAAUAUGGACUGAGGCUGGAUCUCAGGAUUCGGAAGCCGCACCCUUCCACUCUCGCCCAGAAGCCUUCCACGAAUCGCACCCCCAAGUCUCCUGGGGCACCAAACGCAGUACGAGUCACGAGUUACAGGCGCUCCUAG